UCUUCAAUAUUCAGUGUUCAUAUUACUUUAAUUUUAAGAUUUAUUAGUAGCUAAGUAUACAACACGCUGCAAAAAUAAUGCAGGACAUUUGAAAAGCAAAGUGAAUCAUAUUUUUGUAAUAUCCAACGAGCCAGCUAUUAUCAUUCUUUUUGCUUCUGUCGUAUUUUUAUUUUUACCAUAGAACAUAACUGGUGGAGUUGAAGUUGUCCUGGCGAUAUGUAUCUUUCCAUCGAAAAAUUUCGUAGCUUGCAUGUUCAAAAUGUUGAAAUAUGUCCCUAUUGCGUUUGACAAUCCUUGGAGUCGUGUAUCGGAAGUGUCGAAAAAGUAACUUUAUUGCGAGUAGUUGAAGUGCUAGCAGGUGGAUUGAAUUGAGAUCGUCUCGGUAACGGAAUUUAAAUACUGAAUAUUUAACGAAAUGGAUUGUAAUACUCAACAAAAAAUUAAAUGCUUCCAUCUGAAAGCAAACAGUCCACAAAUAUCAUCUUGACAAAAUGUUCAAAAAUGUCAGAAGAAGGCUACGGAAGACAUGGAGUGAAUGAAAAUGUUGAUAGGAGCUUAAAGGAGGAGUGCCCCAAAAGUAAUUAUAGCCAGGGAGGUCGUCUCAAGUUCUUUAAAGAUGGAAAAUUUAUCCUUGAACUGGAACGAGCUCGUGAAGGAGAAAGAGUGUCAUGGGUGUCAGUACCAAGAAAGACCUUUUGGCCUCCACAUGCAGCGGCAUCUUCGAUUCUUGCCUAUCGUCAAGAGAGCAGUACAUCUCUUAGUGUUUCAGAUGAUAACAGUUCAAUACAGUCAUCGCCAUGGCAAAGGGACCACUCGUGGAAGCAAACGACUCCUGUAAAAAACAAAUCGAAAGAGCUGGACUUUUUCUUUUGGCGUUCUAAGGUGGGACGAAAAUUGUUCAAGGGACGGGCUAUUAAAAGACGCAAACCCCAUGUACCGCUCGAUCCAAUUGAUGACAAUAAAGUUUCAGUAAAUAGGGAGAAAAGGAAAAAGUGUUCACUGCUUGUUAUUGUUCAAAAUUUGAUCAAUGAAAACUUUAGAACCAUCACGCCUCCUCGCCCUGAUGCUGUUGUUUCUCCUCGAAAGCGCUUUCUUCGUGAGGUGGAAAAUGAUAAAGUUCAACCAGAUAUAAAAAAUUCAGUGGACAAAUCGUAUAAUGGAGGGCAUGGUUUUAUAAGCACGGCUCAGAAAAGGAGUCGAUGUAAGCCACAGAGAAGUAGUACUCCUUCACCUGCAAACACUCCACCUAUGGGGGUGAUUAAAAAAGAAAAUUCAGUUUCUCCUCCACUACAGAACAAAAGUAAUGGAAUUGUGGAUGGGACUGUUGUCAAGCCUACGAGGAAUUGCAGUUAUAGCAUUACAUCUCUUCUGGCUGACGAUCGUCAUAGCAGCACAAAACAUAUACCAAGUCACUCACCUAGUCAGUACCUACCAACGCUUACCCAUAUUUCUUCUGCCUCGUCCAUGGCUAGACGAAAUUCACCUUCCACUGCUGAAGACCAUUUGUAUUCAGAAAGUGUGGACAGAUUGCGUUCAAUCGAACUUUCGCAAGUGGAGAAGCGGAAUUGCCCGCCAUAUCUACCCCAACAUCGCCCAUGUCUUGGUGGACCUUAUAUGUAUCCAUUUCCACCCUAUUAUGCUCCAACUAUAUAUAGUCGCAGUGGAUAUGUCAUUCCGCCCCUUUAUCAUCAUCACUCGUUGUCAACUCCUCACAACUAUUUACCUCCUCAUCACACCCACCAUGCUCCUACAGAAGGCCCUCCCAUGACUUUGGCGAUUUAUUGCAAUAAUGGUUCUUCAAGUACAUGGAAUAAUGAACCUCCAUCUGUAGCAAGUGAUGUUGAUUAUAGAGACGAUGUGUCAGAUAUGCCGUUAAACCUUUCGAAACACAUGAAGUAAGUGCCUUUUAUAGAGAAGUGUAUAUUUUUCUACAACACUUAGAUGGGACAUCUUAAAAUCAAGAAUGCAAAUUCUGAGUGUGCCUCAUGAACAAUAAAAUAUGCAAAAAUUAAUGUGCUGUUAGAUGAAAUCUAUAAACAUCAGUGUGUAAAUAGAAGGAGUGUAGAUAUUACCUAUCAUGUAUAGAUGACUGUUUUGAACAGAUUUGUAAAUGUAUUCCUAGAAUGAGCUGAAACUACUUUAACGUGUACAAUUGUGAAAGCUUUUGAGGAUUCAAAAAAUGUAUUAAACCAACUGUAAAUACAUUAGAUUAGUGUAAAUAAUAUAUUUAACAUAUUUUUUAUUUAUUAAAGAAAUUAGUAACUAAAGGC